AUGCCACGAACGAAAUCUUAUACGCCAAGAACGGCUGGUGAAUUCGUAAGAAGCCUUGAAGCAUCGACAGCAGCCUGUGAAGGAGAUGGGACAACAAGCAGAGAUAAGGAUAGGAGUCGACAACAACGCAGAGGCAAAUACGGACUAAAUGAAGGCGGAGACGAAAAGACCAUCAUGAAACUGUUCUCUGACCAAUAUAUCGAUCAAAUACGAGCAACCGAAGCUGUAGCUUUUAUGACCAGAAAUUCAAGUUGCUGGGAGAGCCAUUCACAGAUUGCCUGUAAAGUUAUAAAUCUAGGUUGUUUGCCUAGGUUAGUUGGGUCGUUACGCUCGAAGAAUAUUGGGCUCGUAUACCUUGCUGCUGAAGUAUUAGGCAACAUUUGUACUUCUAGAGCGCGGACACGUUUAGUAUUGCAAGCAAAUGCCAAGUCGGCGUUGAUAGAGUGUCUCGAUCACACUUCCCCACGAGUACAAGAGAAGGCUCUCUUUGCUCUUGGUCGAAUUUAUCAAUGGUGUGACUACGGAAUGGGAAGAUAUAGUUUCCUCCCUGAUGAUUUGAGUCCUUUGUUGUCUUUCACAAAAGAUUCUCUUGACUUACCUCUCCUCCGAGGAAUAUCUUAUGCGCUAGCAAGUGCAACGACUGUCGUUAAACCCGAGUGGAUGUUUAUUAUUGCUUAUGAUCUGGCGAAAUUACAUCACUUCCUCGCAUCACAUAUAUAUACUGAAGAUGAUGAAGUGCUGAAGCACAUAACAACUGGAUUGUGUUCAUUAUCUAAACACAAACAAGAACAUUCAUUCUUCAUACAAUAUGGAAUAUGUCGACGGCUUGUUCAGUUACUUCAGAACGAUGUCGUUCAAGAGAAAGUUGGCGAGUGUAUUUACAAUCUAUCAGCAGGAACACUUGAGACACGUCAAACAAUCAUUAAUUGCGGUUGCCUAUCUACUCUUUUGGGUCUCAUUCACCCGUUAACACGCCCAAAGCUGCAAGAAACUGCAUACAAAAUUAUCUGCAAGCUAGCAUCCGCUGGUUCAAUAUACCAGGUGCAGGCGAUAAUUCGAGCUAAUGCUGUCCCUUAUUUAAUUGACAUUCUCGAAAAUCGUUACGAAUUACCGGACUACCAAGAUGAACUUCGAGACCUCAUAUGUAAUGCUGUCUGUGUGAUAGCUCGGAAUGUAGAUGGUGAGCAUAUUAAAUAUCUAAUUGCCCGUGGAUGUGUAUCGGCUCUUUGUAAAGAAAUGGGAGGCAGUAUAUCGGACGAGACCAAAUCGGCUAUUUUGGAUGCGCUAGAUAACUUUGUUGAUGUCUGGGAUAAGCUUAAAAGGAAAGAGAGACAUGACAUUAGGGAUUUUGCGAGGCACAUCGCUGUCGCACGAGAUGUUUUAAAUAUGUAUCGAUCGCGUGCGCAAUGA